AUGACCAAGCACGAACAUGAACCAGCUCAGGCUCGCGGGAGAGGUGACCAAGCUACCAACAUUACCUCGGCCGCCGCUGUACUCCCGCCUCCUGAUGGCGGAUUUCAUGCCUGGGCCCAGGUUGUCUCUGGUCAUCUGGUUGUAGCUCUGACCUGGGGGUACGCUGCCAGUUUCGGGGUGUUUCAGAGCCACUAUGAGUCUACCUUGCCUCAGAGUCCGUCCGACAUCUCCUGGAUCGGUGGUUUCCAGGUAUUCUGUCUAUUAUUCAUCUCGACACUCUCCGGUCGCGCAACAGAUGCGGGGAUGGCAAGGACAGUAGUGGCUGCUGGCGCAGUCCUGCUGGGUUUGGGCACCUUCAUGACUAGUCUCGCGACAGAAUACUGGCAGAUCUUUCUGGCCCAGGGGCUCUGUAUUGGUCUUGGGCAGGGCCUCAUGUGGUUGCCCAGUGUGACGUUGAUCUCGACGUAUUUUAUGCGCCUGCGUGUCUUUGCUGUGACGACUGCGGCCACGGGUACGAGUACAGGAGGCAUCAUUUUCCCAGCAAUGAUUCAGUACCUCAUCCCAAAGAUCGGAUUUCCGUGGGCAGUGCGGUGCAUGGGGUUUGUUGUCCUUGCCAUGUCAGCAGCCACCCUCGCCCUUCUGCGUCCGAGAUUGCCACCACGAAAGUCGGGACCGCUGGUCGAGUUGAGCGCGUUCAAAGAGCCUGCGUACAUGCUUUUCACCUUUGGCGUUUUCCUCCUAUACUGGACCCUGUAUUUUGCUUUCUUCUACAUCCAGGUCUAUGCGACAGAGGUGUUGGGGAUCUCCGAAGAAUCCGGUGCGACAUUGAUAAUCAUCAUUAACGCCCUCGGUAUUCCCGUCCGAGCCCCCCUCGGAUACUUGGCCGAUCGCUACAUUGGUCCGCUCAACUGCCUCAUUCCUUGCGUGGCCCUUUGUGGCAUUCUGAUAUUUGCCUGGGCCGCCGUGCAUACCACGGUCGAGCUGUACGUCUUCGCGGUGUUCUAUGGACUAGCAUCGGCAGCAGCUAUGGCCUUGUUUGUUGGGACAGUGCCCUCGUUGACGAAAGACCUUGAUAAGAUUGGCACGAGAGUUGGCAUGGCCCUUACCAUUAUGAGCUUUGGCCCGUUGACUGGGCCCUCUGUGGCGGGGACAUUGAUAGCGCGCACCGGUGGGGAGUACCUGGCUGCGCAGAUGUGGGCAGGAGCCGCGUUGAUCGUGGCGGUCCUCGCUCUGGUCGGAGCACGACUGAUCAUUUCGGGACCACGUGUUCUGGCAAAGCUUUGA